CUCCGAGUUAUUAGGACGGUACUUGAGACCGUUGUAGCUGCCUUUAAUUUGUGAUCCUAGAAUCUGCGUAUGGGAAACCGGAUUACUGUGAAUGAAAGCUCUUGUCAGGCAAUCCUUUUCUCAGCGCUGACACUUUCGUUUCGCAGUCGGGUUAAGGUGAUGGCGAGAGAGACUAUGAAGCAGUUUAAAUUUCACGCCGUAAAAUCAACGUGACAAAGCCAACAGUUGCUAGCUACCAAAUCAUACCGGGGAAGAGGCUGAGAGCCAACCGAUGAUGCAUGCAAUUUGCCAAUUUCAUUUCAGAAUGAAUCAUCAAAAGCUUAACAGCAUUAGCUGGAAUUCCCUUGAUAUGUGCUGCUCUUACCAACAGCCGAGUGGCAAGCAAGGUGAGCCUUGGCAGCCUUUUUUGGGAUUUGUCUGAGGACAUUUUACGAUAGCUAUCCAUGUAAAAUGGUAAACCGGCAUGUCCUCCGAACGAGUCGGAAAUCAGUACAGUGGUUCGCCGGAACAACCAACGUAAAUUUAGCACGGGCCAGAAAUAGGCCAGACAGAGACAGGGGUCACACUCAGUAUGGUUUAUGCAUUUGGUGGCCAGACUCUGCGGUGAUGAGUGUGCGAGAAACAGGCGUCAAGACUGUUUCUCUAACCACCAAAUAUUCACCCUCAGAGCAGUUGGUGGGAAAGAGACAUGUCUUUGCAUUGCAAACAUCGCAUGGCCGGAAAAGCGAUAGGUGUCAGUGUUUUGUCCGCUCCCAGGAUGCGUAUAAAGUAUGCGGCGAGUCCUCUCGACUCGUCGCCAUCUUCGGACUAACCCAUUAAAACAAAACUUCAUCUAUCCAGAAUAUCGAAAAGUAUUCAUCAUGAAGGCAACUCUCUUCCUUGCUGGUAUGGCGUCCACGGGACUAGCCAUGCCCGCCACUGAGCACUGGGGUGAGAAGGAACUCCUCAAGGUCGACAUCCCCACAGACACUAUCAAGAUGGAGGAUCUCCGAGCUGCUAAGCUCAAGGCUUGGGAGGAGAUGAGAGCCAACGGCGAGUUCGACGACGGCCGCUACCAUGCGCAGGCCAUGACAAAGUGCGAGGGCGGCAAGGCCGGUGACUAUGCCUGCAUGAACAUGGACCUUAUGCACUUCUUGCCUCACGCCGACAUGGGCAGCAAGAGCAAGGCUGGUAAUGACGUCUGGGGCUGGACAUCCAAGGAUGGCCGUGAGUUUGGUGCCUUCUGCCAGACCGAUGGUACUGCUUUCGUCGAAGUCCUCAAGGACGGAAAGAUGGCCUACCUUGGCCGUUUGCCCACACAGACCUCCAACUCCAAUUGGCGUGAUGCCAAGCUCAUUGGCGACCAUAUGUACAUUGGUUCCGAAGCUGGCAACCACGGCAUGCAAAUCUUCGACAUGAAGAAGUUGUUGGAGCUCAAGCCUGACAAGCCCAAGGUGUUUGAUAUCAAGGCCGAUAUUAAGCACUUUUCUGGUUUCGGCAGCUCCCACAACAUUGUUGCCAACCCAGACACUCAUAUGAUUUACGCUGUUGGCACUGCCCGCGGUGAGAAGUGCAAGGGUGGCCUCUGGAUGGUCGACGUCAAGGAUCCCAACUCGCCCAAGGAUGCUGGUUGCGUCGGCGAAGACGGCUACACUCACGAUGCCGAGUGCGUCAUCUACAAGGGCCCUCACAAGGAGUACCAGGGCCGUGAGAUUUGCUUCAAUUACAACGAGAAGAAGCUUUCCAUUUUCGAUGUCACUGACCGUGGCAAGCCCAAGAUGCUUUCGCGCAUCGCGUACGAAGGUGUUGCAUACACCCACCAGGGCUGGAUCAUUGACAAGGAGCAGCGCUUCCUUGCCCUUGAUGACGAGCAGGAUGAGAUGGGCAGCAAGGGCCCUGCCAAGGACCAGAAGACUGUCACCUACAUUGCCGAUGUGACUGAUCUGACCAAGCCCAAGUUCACUGGUGUCUACAAGUCGCCGCAAAAGGCCAUUGACCACAACCUGUACGUCAUUGACGGUAUUGCCUACGAGGCCAACUACGGCUCUGGCCUUCGCGUCGUCGACAUGAACUCUGUCACCAAGGACUCUAGCGGUGGCAGCUUCAAGGAGAUUGCCUACUUCGACGUUCGCCCCGAGGAUGACAAGGCUGGUGGUAAGGCUUCCUUCAACGGCGCUUGGUCUGUCUACCCCUACUUCAAGAGUGGCCAUAUUCUGAUCAACAGCAUUGAGCGUGGUGGUUUCUCCGUCAAGAUGACCACCAAGUAA